UUAAGUACAAAUAAAACAAUAGUGGGUGUAAUUUUAGUGAAAGAACGUUUUUAGUAAAAAUGCACGGAGAAGCCCCAGAGUUAAAAAGAUGUUGUUUCUGCUUGCCGCUAAGAAGAGGCCUGAUUGGUUGGGGAUAUACCAAAAUGGUCCUCGACAUUUUGAGCAUGAUGUACAUUGGAUUCGCGAUUUGUUACUAUACGUCUGAUCCUAGGAGACAUUUGGAGACCAAAACCAUUGUGAUUUUGACAUUUAUUGUCAUCUGUUUACUCCUUGAUAUGGCCUUCGGUAUUAUCUUUAUUGUCGCUGCACACAAGAAAAAUGUGAAGUUGCUACAAAUAUCCUACAUAUACAACAUGGCGUGGCUGGUCUUAGUGACGCUGGCCAACUGCUUCCAGCUGUGCAUAAACCUCAGUAUCGCUUACAGGAUGUGGUCAUACAUGGACUCCCGCAAAUAUAUUAUCUUAAAUUUGCUCACCAGUUCAGGAAUCGCUUUCAGUCUUAUUUUUGUACAAAUAUACCUGAUAUUGCUGAUACGCAGUGAGAUGCUAAAACUACGGCAGCAGACCUUAGGAAUGCAAUACACAAAUGCAGACCCAGGCGAGCCGGAAUGCACACUGCACAACACAUCUGACCAACACAUGGAUGGGGAGAAAUUUGUGCAGAACUGUUGCACGGAUAAGAAACCAGGCAUGGAGAAGUGUUGCACAGACAAGGAACAAGUUGUGCAAAACUGUUGCACGAAAGAGAAAUGUAAUACCUAA